UCCCGCCUCUCCGACAGACGCAGCCGCUGGAGCAGUCCCGUAAAGCAGCAGGAAAAGCAGCGCAGUGCACCAUGCCGGUGGUUCUCGGGUACUGGGACAUCCGCGGGCUUGCCCACUCCAUCCGACUGCUGCUGGAAUACACGGGCACCGCGUACGAGGACAAGAUGUACAGCUGUGGGGAAGCUCCAGACUAUGACAAAAGCCAGUGGAUGAAGGAGAAGCUGGGACUGGAUUUCCCAAAUCUGCCCUACCUCAUCGAUGGCAAGAACAAGCUCACGCAGAGCAAUGCCAUCCUCCGGUACAUCGCGCGCAAGCACAAGUUGUGGGAGUAUUGGUGGGGGGAGACGGAGGAGGAGAUGCUGCAAGUGGACAUGCUGGAGAUCCAGGCCAUGGAUUUCCGUAUGAGCCUUGUAAUGAUCUGCUACAAUCCUGACUUUGAGAAACUGAAGUCUGGCUACUUGGAGCAGUUGCCUGGGAAGCUGAAGCUGUUCUCUCACUUCCUGGGGAAGAGGAAGUGGUUUGCUGGGGAGAAGAUCACUUUUGUUGACUUUGUCAUGUACGACAUCCUGGACCAGAACCGCAUGUUUGAGCCCAAGUGCCUGGAUCAGUUCCAAAACCUGAAGGAUUUUCUUGACCGCUUUGAUGCCCUGGAGAAGGUCGCAGCCUACAUGAGCUCUAGCCGCUUCAUGAAGACUCCCGUCAACAGGAUGGCCAAAUGGAGCAACCAGAAGAAGUAGAUCUGUGUGGAAGGGAGGGGCUGGAGAGGAAUAAUCCAGAGCCCCUGUCAUAACUAUAAAGGGAAGGGUAACAGCUGUCCUGUGUACAGUACUAUAAAAUCCCUCCUGGCCAGAGACUCCAAAAUCUUUUUCCCUGUAAAGGGUUAAGAAGCUCAGGUAACCUGGCUGGCAUCUGACCAAAGGACCAAUAAGGGGACAAGAUACUCUCAAAUCUUGGGGGGAGGGGGAGGGAAGGCUUUUGUUUGUGCUCUGCGUGGGCGUGCGUCCUCUCUUGGGACUGAGAGGGACCAGACAUCAAUCCAGGUUCUCCACAUCUUUCUAAACAAGUCUCUCGUAUUUCAAACUUGUAAGUAAAUAGCCAGGCAAGGCAUCUUAGUUUUACUUUUUCUCAACUUGUAAAUGUACCUUUUACUAGAGUGUUUAUCUUUGUUUGCUGUACUUUGAACCCAAGACUAGAGGGGAGUCCUCUGAGCUCUUUAAGUUUGAUUACCCUGUAAAGUUAUUUUCCAUCCUGAUUUUAGAGAUGAUUUUUACCUUUUUCUUUAAUUAAAAACCUUCUUUUUAAGAACCUGA